CGUUGCUUGUCAUUAGGUUCUCGUUCGGAGCUACAGGCAGAACACACUCAGCUCUCACCCGGAACCGACCCCAAAUCCAGAUCUCCAGAUCCAGUCCUAGCAAUGGCCGACGGCUUUAAGAAGUACUUCAAUGGUACAACCAUCAAUGGACGCGCUAACGUGGCAAAGGCCACAUACGCCACGUUGGCCCUGUUGUUCAUCGUGUACAAGCUGCGCCGCGGAUCCGGCAAGUCCGGCGAGUUGGCCAGCGGCAAGUGCAGCUGCGAAUCGGACCACGAGUCGUCCCUCAAUGGCGACAUAGGCGUCUACGGCGCGGAUCCCGACUGCUCCGUCUGCCGGGAGCGAUCGGAGCGGGCAAUGACCGAAUUCGAUCGCGAGCAGCAACGCCGGUCGGCGGGCGAGGAUGGCAAUGGUUGUCGCGACGAUCCGCCGCCGCCACCACCUCCACCCGCAUCGGGAGGAUCCGGCUCUGCUCCGCGCCGCAAGUGUCCCUGCGAGGAGCCGCAGCGGCGGGCGGAGGGAGCCGUGAAGCAUAGCAGCCACAGCAGCUGGGCGCGAGGUCAGCAGAUUCAGCCGCCCAACCAGUAUCAACAGUACGCACAGCCCGAGGCGGAGCAAGUGCGUCCGGCUAGCCAAGUGAUGGGUCAGGUGCACGACGCCUUCUACAGGGUGCUGCGAGGAGUCGUGGGAGCCGUUUUGGGCAAUGCGGCGGUCAGCACCAGCGGCACCGCUUCCGAUUCCCCUGCUCAGGCAGCCGCAGUGGAAGUCUCGCGGGAUGAGCUGGAGGAGGAUGAGCGUGACGACGGUCAGGAUGAUGAGACGCCGUUGAAACGCCGCACGGCACCGCGCUCUUGCGUGCCCAACGGCGGCCAAGAGAACACCUCGGGACAGCCGGAGGAACUGGGCCGGGAACAGGCCGACGACCAGCCGCAGGCGGAGGAACAGGCGGAGUACAGCGCCUUCAGCGAUGGCUUCGCUUCCGGCAUGUACUUUACCAGCGAUGAAAAGUAAUAGGCCUAUGCUUUUGAGAUCUGCUAAAUUUUUAGUCUAAAAUAAAUACGAAGAACUCCUUUA